CCACUGUUUAUAUAUGCUAAGUUCAGGGAGUGCUGUUUGCCUCUGCCUUAGAAUGUUCCAGAAUACGCUCAGUUCGGUGCCUGUUUGUUUACAUCAAGUGUUCAGGAAUUUUCUUAUUCUAGACAAUUCCACCAGGCUAUAUAAGACCUAUGAAAGCAGGUCAAACGGAGAGAACAGAGAACGGAGAACGGAGAAUUAUUGAGAGUUUUGGAUGCUUUCGCUGUGUAUUAUUUUAGUAGGCCUUUUGUGCUGAAUUUUGGUGUUUUUAUAGCCUCUGGCUUUGUUAUAUCCUAUCUCCACCGAGCACUUGUUCAGUCUGAACUUGUAUGUUUAAUUUGUGCUCUUGUAUACACAGUGCUUAUUAGUACACGGACCCUGUCUGUGGAAUUUUGUGUAUAUUUCGUCAUACACUCAGUUAUACUGUGGAUUUUCCCUCUUGUGAAUUUGCCUCUGAGCAUUUAUGCCUGUGUGGUACAUAUAUUCUGGAAUAUAUGCGUCCGUUUGGACUUGACACCAGGAUCGUGUCUGGCUCUCAUAUUUCCACUAACUUCAUGAGUGAUUUACUCUAGAAGUCUGGCCAGCCUUCAGAGGUUCAUCUGGAGCAGUUGUGUUGUAAAACUGGCUUCAAAGGUAUCUGUCAGGUAACAAGAAACUGAGAUGUCGUCUAUCCUGGAAAGCUUGCAAAGGGAAGCCGCUUCUGUUCUUCGCUCGGAUGAUGUCCGGGGCAGUAUGAUAGAUGUGACCAGCAAUGAUGCAGGCUCUCAGAAUUCUCAGAAAGACACACAUCCACCUACUGAGGAGAAAUCCCUGUCAGCUACCUGUGCCCCAGCAGCUGCUAGUACCCCAGCAGGAAAUGCAAGGAAGGGAAGGGGUCGGAGACAGCCCAGGAGGAGGAAGUCUUCAAGCUCAGUAGAAUGUGACAAAUUAGCUGCCCCAAUAGGGGCUCUCUUCGUGGAAUUCCCAGGGAAAAUGCAUGGAAUGGAUUUCAAGGCACACCUGCAGAAAAGAAUUGCUAAGGGCCCACACUUCACCUGUGAUCUACUGUCUCCUGCCCAGGAUGCUCCAACAACUGCUGUUAAACUUACUUUUCCAAGCCAGAAUGCUGCGAAGUCAGCUUGUCGAAUGCUCAAACAGAGCAAUUUGAGGGAAAACACCAUCCAUGUGAAGUGUGUAUUCACUGCAGUGCAGCUAACAGGGUUCACGUUCAGUAAUGAACAGGCAUUACCAAAUUUAGAAAAUGUCCAACGUACACUUGAGGCAAAAAUCCGUAAGCAGCUGGAAAAGCACGAUCUUAAGAUGCAACAAGCACAACAAAGGCUUCAACAGCUCCAGGUGCGCAAACACAUUCCUUUAGAGCAGUAUGAACUUGUGUUAGGUGAGCGGAAGACGUUAGAAAGCAAGGUCACAGAACUUCAGCAGCAGCGUGAUGAAUUCGUUCUAUGUGUUGAGCAGCUUAUUGACCUGCAAAAGUUUGACAAUAUCAACACUAAGCUGCAGCAAAUCCGACUGACACUGGGAAUAGAGAUGACACGAUUGGACAAGUCCUUUCCAAUCUAUGCUAGAAGAAAAGAGAUUGUAGAUGUAGUCAUGAAUAAUCCAGUGUCUAUCGUUUUAGGGGAAACCGGCUCUGGGAAAAGCACACAGAUGCCCCAGUAUUUGUAUGAAGCAGGUCUGGCUGAAACAGGCGUCAUUGUCUGCACCCAGCCACGGAAAAUAGCAGCCACCAGCCUAGCCACUCGCGUGGCGUCAGAACUGAUAGGUAGUGUGGGACAAACGGUGGGCUAUAAGGUGGGCAUGAGGCAGAAAACAUCAGCUCUGACAAAAAUCGUGUACAUGACCGACCAUAUGCUACUGAAUGAGAUCCUCGACGACCCAGUUCUCUCCAAGGUGUCAUGUGUAAUCAUUGAUGAAGCCCAUGAACGAAGCAUUUACACUGACCUUCUGCUGGGCAUGGUCAAGAAAUGCAUGGCGGUUAGGCCUGAACUGAAGGUGGUCAUCACAUCGGCGACUAUUGACCCAGACGUCUUUGUUCGCUAUUUCAAAGGAUGUCCAGUUGUGAAAGUCUCUGGCCGGACUUUUCCUGUAGAGGUCAUCUGGCAAGAUCCUGCACUGUCUGUUCCGUUUGAAAAUCAUAUGCAGACAGCCGUAAAUGUUGCAGCUGACAUCCACCAGGUGGAAGCAGAGGGAGACAUCCUAGUGUUCAUGACUUCUCCCUUGGAAACAGAAAAGUGUUGCAGUUUACUGGAUGAAAAACUUAAGCCCAGAAAUGACUUCAAAUGCCUUCAAAUCCACGGUAAACUCCAAGCAGAGGAGCAGCAGGCAGUUUUCCAACCAUUGGCCCAUGGCAUCAGGAAAAUUGUGUUCGCAACCAACAGUGCUGAAACUUCUGUGACCAUUCCUGGAAUUAAAUAUGUGAUCGAUUCUGGACUGGUCAAGGAAAUGAAAUACGACCCAAAGAAGAGUCUCAGCUCUCUGGAUACGGUGGUUAUAAGUAAAUCAUCGGCCGAACAGCGGAAGGGCAGAGCCGGGAGGAUGUCGCCAGGAAAGUGUUUCAGAUUAUACACGGAAGAGGACUAUGAAAAAAUGAAAAGCAGCUUGCUCCCAGAAAUACUUAGGGUUCAUCUGGCACAAGCUCUGCUUAAGCUCAUGGAUUUGGGCGUUGACCCUAUGGACUUUGACUUUGUCGAGUCACCUCCACAGGCAGCUCUGGAGAAAGCCAUAGAAUCGCUUGAAGACCUUGGAGCUUCUAAAGGCAGAGUUAUUACCGAACUAGGGAAAAGACUAGCUCUGUUACCUUUCGAACCUCGCCUGGGAAAGUUCCUCUUAACAGGUAUUGACUGUGGCAUUGCAUAUGAAGCUAUUUCCCUGGCAGUGUUGACAACCAUGGGUUCUUCAAUAUUCUAUCGAGCGGGCACUGACGCUGAAAAACAUCAGUCUGACCUGAAGAAGACAAGAUUUUGCCAUGAAGGAGGGGAUCACUUCACAAUGCUAAGUGUGUAUCAAGAAUGGUUUGCCAUUCCGGAAAAGGAGAAGAGUAAAUGGUGUGUCAAAAACAGCAUCAACGGCCGUUCCAUGCGCAUGGUGCGGGAAAUGGCGAACGAAGUAAUCACUGUGCUUAAGAAGGAAAUGAAACUGGAAGUGAAGGUUUCCUUUACGGAAGUUUCAGAAAGCCACCUGAAAUUAAAGAAGAUCAUUUUUCAGGCAUCAAAGCAAAACUUGGCUGUUUACCUAGGUCAUCCAAAAGCAGGGUACUUUGCCCCUAAUCCAAACCAACAGGCCCAAAUCCACCCAUCGUCAAGCGUCAUGGUGCUGGGUGGGAAGAAGCCAGAAUGGGUUCUGUUUGAACAGUUGAUAAACACCAGCAAGGAUUUCUUCACCUCUGUCUCUCCAGUCGAUCGUGAUUUAGUUUUGACAGCUUACGGCAAAGGAGAACUGUGCUUUGAUCCGAGUCUGGUAGAAAAAAUGAAAGUGAGUCCUGUUCUGACCAUGGGCCUUGGACGAUUUUCAUUUAUGGAGUUUGUUGGCCGACGUUUUUGUAACCUGAAGCAAAUUGAAACUGAGGUGAUGUCGGAAUUCAAUGUGGAAAUAGUCUGUGUGGAUGCAGAUCGAAAACGCCUAGAGAUUCAAGUGCAUGUCAGUGGGAAUAAGGCAGGCUGUGUGAAUGACGUUGUAGAUAGAAGGCUUGGGCCAAUUUUUGGCAACCUCAGGUUAGCUGAUCGUGAGAUUCCGUUGCAUGAAAAAUCUGCGGGUGUCCGGGCUGUCCUUGGGAGAGGCGGUGUGGUGUCAAAGCUUCUGUUCCCGGGUGAAUACAGAACUGUGUUUAUCGAUGAAGUUUCAUCCAGUACAGAGCUCACUCAAGUUAGAGAAUGGCUUGAAAAAUAUGGCACUGUGGUCGAAGUCAAUCCGUUUCUUAAACGACUCAAGACACAUCCUCAGAGAUGGGGUACUGUGACCUUCAAAAGCCCCGAGAGCGCAGUGAAGGCGGUGGAAGAUAGGAUGGACUCUGAUGUGGCUAGGGUAGUUCCCUGCGCUUCACCCGGUCGUGUUGGGAAGGUGGGAGAGUUCACUCUGAAGGUAACACUGACUCGUAGAGAGCUGAGAGGAUUCGGAUUUAUUACUCUUACCAACCCUGAGGACAUGCCCCGAUUAUUGCAGUAUGAUAGUAUUCUUGUUGACGGAUUUCUGUCAAGGGUCAGUAUCAACAAGACGGAUGGAAGUAAUAUUCAUGUGUCCCGCCUUCCCAGAACAGCGAGUGAGGAGAAGGUGGCGGAAGCAGUCCGUCAGCGCCUGGGCGCGCUACCGGGUGAAACUCUUGUGAAAGAUAUAAGACUAAUCAGAGAAAGAGGCAGUGAACCAAGCCCUGGAGAGACCUCAGCUAUGAGAGAAUAUCUGGAGACCAGGCUGUCAGAACUGUGUCCAAACAAACAAGUGACCAUCGAGGUAGUAGAUCCGACAGCAACGAGUGUUUUUCAAACAGCCUACCUUAAGAUCGCUAAUCCAAAUGACGGAUUGGAAGUCUUCAAUGAAAUAAAAGGCAAACUCUUCAUCUGUAGCAAACCUCUAAAUGUGCAACAGGAUUUGUCAUCAGAUGUAUUCAUUCCUAAAUAUUUGCUCGGAGUUCUAGAGACGGAACUGAAGACCUUGCAAACAAAGUUCAACACAUCAGAUCUAUAUGGAAAAGUAAACAUUAACAUAAAAAGAAGUAGAGCUGGUCAUUGCUAUGUCAGAAUUAAGAGUGAAAAUCCUGAGUCCCUAGCUGUUGUGAAGAGAGACUACGAUGCUCUGUUGGAAGGCAGAUCUCCGGACCUAUCCGAGUUUGGUCAAGCUGUUGAAGGCCUGUUCAGAAAAGAAGGCAGAGAUCGCCUGAAUAGUAUCGAGAAGUCGACAGAUACAAUCAUCCGCACGAACUUUUAUUUACAGCGAGUUUCGGUGAUAGGAAGCGAUGAGAACUGUCAAAAAGCCUUCGAUAAAAUCAAGGGCUAUGUCAAGUUACUGGUGAACUACCCCGUACAGAGCACACCAUUGUCAGGGAAAAACCGACCAGUAGGUCUCAUGAAAAAACUAUUGAGUAAGUAUGGGCUUGACCUUGCCAAAUUUCGACAGGAGUCCGGCGUUGAAGCCGUGGAGUUGAACUUCAGGCGUCAGCUAUUGACCACAACUGGUACUGAGGAAUCCUUGAAGAAAGCCGUGGCUCUCGUACAGGAAUGUAUCAGCCAACUGGCGACUAAAAAUGUCAUGCCAGCAAAGGAAGAAGACGAAAGUCCAUUGGACUGCGUGGUGUGUUUCUGUCCUAUAGAUGAGAUUGAGCUGUACCGCCUGAAUCUUUGUGGCCACGCCUAUUGCUUGGACUGCAUCAAACUACAGGUACGCACCGCGAUUGACACGCGAGACCUGCCACUGAGCUGUGCUUAUGAAGGUUGUGAUCAGAAUUGGUGUUGGAGAGAUGUAGAGGAACUGGUUGUCGCAGGCGGAAGGAACAUGGUGCAACUUGUUCGAGCCGCCAUGGACAGGUAUAUCUCUGAGCGCAAGACAAGAUUCAGCUUUUGCCUGACUCCGGACUGCCCAGGUGUCUUCCCUGUUAGCAAAGACGGCAAACUAUUCCUCUGUGAGGGGUGUGAUAUGAGAAUUUGUACAUCGUGCCAGGUCCAGUACCACGAUGGUCUGACGUGUGCAAUGUACCAGAGUGAGAAGAAAGAACCUGGGAUCGCUGAGUGGUUAGCAAAGGACAAGAAGAACAAUAGACGGUGUCCAAAAUGUACGACUCUUAUUCAGAAAACCGGUGGCUGCAACAAUGUAAGCUGCCGUGCUUGUGAUGUUAAAAUAUGCUGGGUAUGCAUGAAAACUUAUGCAACAGGUCAGCAGUGUUACGCACACCUGGCAAGCCAACACGGGGGAUUUGGCGAAGAAUAUCAGGUGUAGAGAAGGCAUGGGGGGAUUUGGCAAAGAAAAUCAGGUGUAAACAAGACACUGGGAAUUGGUAAAGAAGAUGAGGUGUAAACAAGAGACGGGGGAUCUGGAGAAUGAUAUCAAGUGUAAACAAGACACAGGGGAUUUGGCGAAGAAUGUCAGAUGUAGAGAAGACAUGGGGGGAUUUGGCAAAGAAAAUCAGGUGUAAACAAGACACUGGGAAUUGGUAAAGAAGAUGGGGUGUAAACAAGAGACGGGGGAUCUGGAGAAUGAUAUCAAGUGUAAACAAGACACAGGGGAUUUGGCGAAGAAUGUCAGAUGAAUAAGAUACAGGGGAUUUCAUGAAGGAUAUCGGGUGUAAACAAGACACAGGGGAUUUGGCGAAGAACAUUAGAUGAAUAAGAUACUGGGGAUCUCGUGAAGGAUAUCGGGUGUAAACAAGACACAGGGGAUUUGGCGAAGAAUAUUAGAUGAAUAAGAUACUGGGGAUCUCAUGAAGGAUAUUGGGUGUAAACAAGACACAGGGGGUUUGGCGUAGAAUAUAAGAUGAAAACAAGACACGGGAGAUUUAACGAAGGAUGUCGGGUGUAAACAAGACAUGGGGGAUUUGGUUACCAACAUCCAAGGCAAAAUCGUCGCUGUAAAAUCCAUAGUUUUAGUAUAUAUACAAACACAAGCCAGUGAAAAGGACGGUACCAUGUUUCCCUGUACUCUUAAUAACAUAUAUGUUCCCUAACAUGACAGCUGAUCGACCAGUCAUAUGAAUGUGUAAUGAUAUGAGUGUAAGGUUUCGCUUUUUUUUACUUAUGCAGCGUGAGAAUAUUUUCAUAGCUUAUAAUAAUAAUUUCGUCUCGUAUAGUGAACAUCAGAUGUAGAUGAUUUCCUGUUGAUGAGUUAUUAUUUAUUAAUUAUGGUAGUUACUGCGGAGUUGUUAUUAUUGGGUUAUUUUAUUACUGUGACUGCGAACAAUUACAGUAGAUUCAUAUUACCGUGCAUGUAUUUUCAGAUUAGCUAUCAAUGUAUUUUGUGAAUCCACUUAGUGGAUAUUUAUUUGUCUGAUUUUCACCUUAGUGAAGAAUACUGAUGUGCUUUAUUUGGAAUAUCUGAAGAAUCUAGCGUCAUGAAAUCAGAAGUAUAGCUAUUUUGUUAUUUGUUCAUGUCUUAUUCUAUUAUUGAUAUACCUAUGCAUGUACUUAAAAGUAGGUGAUGGGUUUUUUUUUUGUUUUGCUGGAGUGAAAUACUGGAUCGUGUCAAUUUUUGUGGUACUUAUUUUGCUCUGAUAGUUUUACUUUCAUAUAUAUACAUUGAUAUAUGUCAAGCCCUGUUUUUAAACUUUAGUCAUGUAUAUCAAUAAGCUAAGAUUCAAAGAAUCUAAAGAUUCUUUUAGAUAAGUCUACCCAAGUUUAUACUACCAGGCAAUUUGUUGUUUCUUAAAAUGAAGUGUUUUUCCAGUGUUAUAAUACGUCCCUAAGUUAGAAUAUGAUCUAAAUUUAGGUGACAAAAUACAAUGUCUGGAGUGUGUGAAAAAAGUUUCUCAUUGAAUAAUGUGUUUUUGUUUUUUGGGGGUUUCUUGGUGAAAAUUAGAGACCAAGAAUAUAGUUCUGAAGUGUAGUAAUUAGGAGUUAAUUGCGAAUUUUGAUAUUUACCAAGAAUGUAACCGUGCGAACUUAAUCGUCCGAAAAUUAGAAAAAAAUAUAUUUCUGAAAUGCAAGAAAUUAAAGCAUUUCAGGAUUUGAAGAUUUACUGUGAAUUUUUAUGUAAACUUUGUGUUUAUGGAAUUAUUUAUGAAUUUUUAUACUUACCAAGAAUCAUAGUCUGCAAAUUGGAGGUCAAGCUUUUCUGAAGCGAGGAAGCAUCGUAUUUGGUAAAUAAUCUCAACAUCACGUGAUCUACAUUUCUGAAAUGACUGUGUUAAAUAACUUCUAAACCAGUUGAUCUACUUGGCUAGAAAAAUGGGCAAAUUUCUUCAGAUAUUCGGUAACAUGGUGAGGCAUGAUAGAUUAGUUUGUGAUAUUCCAAACUGAUCAAUGACUUAGAUGAAAUGUAUAAAUGUGUCGAAUUGAUGAACUUUCUUCAUUCGUUUAGAAAGUUUAUCUCCACCAUUUACUGUGAUUAAACCACUUUAAGAUCGAAUUGAUAUUUGUCUAGAUACUGAACUGUUUGUGAUGUACCCAUGAAUUACAUUCUUAUUAUAUUAUAUGUGAUACAAUAUGUAUCCCUGCGUGCGAAAGACUAUAUUUUUUGAUUGGCAAGUGCUAACAAU